ACCAAUCCCGUGCUCCCGCUUCGUCGACCGUCGUCCUCAAUGGCAGCAACAGCGGCGGCGGAGGCCUUCUCGCGCCGCCUGGGCGCGGCCGUGCGCGGCCUCUCCGGCGCGUGGUACGGCCGCCACAUGGCCGCCGCCGACCGCGCCAUCCGCGCCCGCCUCCCCCUCGUCGACCUCGUCCUCGAGGUCCGCGACGCCCGCAUUCCCGCCACCUCGGCCUUCGAGCCUCUUCGCCGCCGCUCCCAGGAGGACCUCGACGGGCGCCGGAUCGUCGCGCUCAACAAGGCCGACCUAGCAGACCCGUCCGAAACCCAGAAGUGGGUGGCGUUCAUGAAGCAAAGGGGCUGCUCCUCCGUCGCCAUUAAUUCACACAGCAGGGAAAGCAUCAAGGAGCUGUUGAAUGUUGUGCGGUCGAAGAUCAGGGAGAUCAAGCUAGGGGAGAAUGAUUGCACCGGAACUGUUCUCUUGGUUGGUAUCCCUAAUGUUGGCAAGUCAGCCAUCAUCAAUGCCAUGCAUCAAAUUGGGAGGAUUGGGGCAGCAGAGAAGGGAAAACUCAAGCAUGCCAUUGUCAGCAGCCACCCUGGAGAAACCAGGGACAUAAGUGGAUAUAAGGUUGCUAGCCAUCCCAAUAUAUAUGUGUUAGACACACCUGGCAUUCUAUGUCGUACAUUUGCUAGUGAUGAAUGUGGUCCCAGGCUAGCUCUGACAGGAGCAAUUAAGGAUUCCUUGUUAGAAGAGCAUGAUAUUGCAAAAUUUCUUCUUGCACUUCUGAACUUAAGGAAGGAAUACAGGGAUUGGGACAACCUAAAUCGAAUGGGUGAUAAAUCUUGUCUGGCUGAUGGAACGUCCGGUAGGAGUCAACAUACUAAAAGGCAGUAUUCUUCAGAUCAUACCCAGGAUUUUAUUGUUAAAGCUGUUCGCCAAGUGCUUUUUGAGACUACUGUAUCUUUCCAGGGAGAUUUAGGAAAUGAGAAUGAAUUAAGAAGAUUGGUAGACAGCCAGUUUACAUCCUUGCAGAAUGCUUUCAGGCUUUCUGCUGAAUCCAGUGAGGAUAUGAAUAAGCGUGUUGCUAUUAAAUUACUCAAUCUCUAUCGAACGGGAAGGCUUGGCCAUUAUACAUUAGACCAUGUUCCAGAGGUCAGGCAUGAAGUAGUUGCAUAAUCAUGCAAUGUGCGGCAGGUCAGAGAAGGAUAUAUUUAGACCAGAAAGGCAUUACUUAGCCCAGAAACAUGAUAGAUUUAACAUCAUUCCAAGUCUGAUCACUGAGACAUCUGCAAGCACUCCCUCUGUCCGUUUAUUGUGAGCGUGAUUUAUUUCACCUUUAGUCCCCUAGUAGAAGGCGCAUACAACAGCUGCCCAAUCACAUAAUCAUGCAUGCAAGAAUGGUCCAAUCAAUAUCAGAGCAGCAGCUUUCCUUGGUAUGGGAGAAAACAAGCUUCAUGACUAGAAAAAAAGGACGGAGGAACUAAUUCAUUUGUAGGUGGAGAACAUUUAUUACACCUAUAUGCCAUUCUAACAACAACAAUUAUUGAGAUCGCACAGUUCAUCUUUCCCUAACCAAAGAAUAUUACAUAUUGCUCUCAGAGUGAUCAAUACACUACUGCUUUGAUCUA